AUUGUCACAUUAAUUAAUUCUCAAAGCAAAUAUGAGUAAUCGUAUCAUCAAUUCCUUCUUCAUAUUCUUCUAUGUUAUGACUUCUCAUCUCUUCUCAACACAAGCAAGCUCAACAAUCGACAUACAUAACAAUUGCCCCUUCACGGUAUGGGCAGCAGCCGUCCCCCAUGGCCGUGGGGGACGACAACUCGAGUACGGUGAAACAUGGAUAAUCGAGAUAAACACAACUAAAAACGGUCGUAUUUGGGGCCGAACCAAUUGCAAUUUCAACACAUUAGACAAGGGUCAAUGUCAAACGGGGGAUUGCAAUGGACUACUUGAAUGUCAAACUUUUAGUAGUACACCCCCAAACACUUUGGCUGAAUACGCUUUAAAUCAAAACAACAAUAUUGAUUACUUCGAUAUAUCUCUUGUUGAGGGUUUCAACAUCCCUAUGGAAUUUAGUCCUGUGUCCAUGGAUGAGUGCUCUGUCAGGAUCAGCUGCACCGCGGACAUAAUAGGACAGUGUCCGAAUGAAUUAAGGACUCCUGGAGGAUGCAACAAUCCUUGUACUGUUUUCAAGACGAACGAAUAUUGUUGCACGUCUGGAAAUUGUGGUGUGACCAAUUAUUCAUACUUCUUUAAGAGAAAAUGUUUAACUUCUUACAGUUAUCCUAGAGAUGAUUCAACUAGUACCUUCACUUGUCCUAGUGGAAGUGGAACUAAUUAUAGAGUGGUAUUUUGUCCAUAA